AUGAAGUUUAGUACACUCAAGCUGGCCACCUGUUACCUUUAUAAGGUUGCUGCCGAGGCAAAGGUUGCCGGGAAGGAGGAGUUUGUAGGGGACAGCGACAGUAACUAUCAGAACGAGUAUCUGGUUACUAGGACUACAGGCAAGGAUACUUUUACUCCAGAAAUGACUAGAAAAAUGGUACUCGAAAACGGCCUGGCCAUUGUGCGCGAAACAACAACCUAUGUCAAUCCUUACGAAGUUAAAUUUGUCCCGGGGCCUGUUCUUGAGAGUUUGGAUAAGGUGGCAUUUGCGUCUGAAAGGUUUGGCGCCCCGAACAAAUUCAUUCCAAAGCCCGACUUCUCCUACAUGGAGGGAUACAAUAAGAUGGCAAAAAAGACAGGCAGUAGUAAUGCCAGGACACCUGAUGAAGGCAAGAAGGCAAAAAACGCCCCAGAGGAGGAGAAGGUAAAGACAAGCGGCAGUGAGGAUGCUAAAGGAGAGGAGUCUGCAGUAGAGGGGAAAGAGCCCGAGCAGGGAGAAAACGAUGUGGAGGUUGCUAAUCCGACAAAAUCAUCUGAGAAGGCUGGAUUUUUCCCCAACGGGUCCUUCGCAAGACCAUCAUUCGGAAAGUACUCGUCUCUGGCUUAA